AUCCUCUUGCUGUCGCAUACAUCGAGGCUCCAAAGGAGAUGUCUACGCUCCAGAGCAAAGUGUUGGGUGAAGAAAACCUUGACCAGAAGACCCCACACAAAGGGAGGUAUGGCUCACACCAUGGACCUGGAUACGCUUCGCCACUGGAUGCCAUGAGAGGCCCCAAAGAAAAGCUGAUGUACGUACUGUGCGUUUUAAGUGGGACUCGUCAACCUGACUAUUUGGCCACCGUGGACGUGGAUCCGGAAUCACCAAGUUAUUGCCAGGUCAUCCACCGCCUGCGCUUGCCUUACCUGGAUGACGAACUCUAUCACUCAGGCUGGAACGCCAGCAGCAGCUCUUUCGGAGACCCUAGCAAGGAGCGCAACCGGCUCAUCCUGCCAUGUGGGGUCUCCGGACGUAUUUAUGUGGUGGACACAGGCUCUGACCAGCGCGCUCCCAGCUUGUACAAAGUCAUUGAACCCCGAGAAAUCGUCAAGAAAACCAACCUGAGUUUCUUGACCACCUCGCGUAACAUGGGCAACGGAGAUGUUCUAAUCAGUGGAUUUGGAGAUCCAUUCGGCAAUGCAAAAGGUGGCCUUCUUGUUCUGGACUCGGAAACCUUUGAAGUGAAAGGGAACUGGGAGUGUCCAGAAGAUGGACCCAUCGGGAUGUUUGACUUCUGGUUCCAGCCGCGGCACAAUGUCCUGAUCAGCACCAAUUUCGGGGAGCCCAAGUUCUUAAUUAAUGGGUUCGACCCAGACAAUCUGAGAAAAGAACGCUACGGCCGAUACCUCAACAUCUGGGAUUGGACCACCCACCGCCUCCUCCACUCGAUUGACGUGGGCGAAGAUUCGGCUCCGAUGCAGAUCCGCUUCUUGCACAACCCCAACUCGGUCCACGGUUACGUGGCCUGCCCCCUAGAGGGCUCCAUCCACCAUUUCUUCAAGUCAGAGGAUGGAUGCUGGAGGGCUGAGAAAGUGAUCCAAAUCCCGAACAAGAAAGUAUCGGGAUGGAUCUAUCCCGAAAUGCCAGGGUUCAUUUUUGAUAUGCUCAUCUCCCUGAAUGACCAGUUCCUCUACUGCAGCAACUGGGUGCAUGGCGACAUCCGGCAAUACGAUAUCACAGACCCAUACUGUCCCAAACUGGUCGGGCAGGUGUUUGUGGGGGGCAGCCUUGAGAAAGGGAGUCCUGUAACUGUCCUUGAGGAUCUGGAGCUGGACUGUCAACCCGAUCCCUUUGUGAUUCAGGGCAAGAAAGUCCAAGGAGGGCCUCAAAUGUUGCAGCUGAGCUUAGACGGCACCCGUCUCUUCGUCACCUACUCAAUUUUCACGGCCUGGGACAAGCAGUUUUACCCCAAGCAGUUCAAGGAAGGUUCGAUCAUGAUCCAGCUGGACGUGAACACUGUGCAGGGCGGCCUAAAAGUGAGACCGGAAUUCCUGGUGGAUUUUGGACACGAGCCGUUCGGUCCGGCUCGGGCAAGAGAGAUGCGCUACCCCGGCGGAGAUUCCACUUCCGACAUCUGGGAAUAGCGUGCAUCCUUUCCUAUUCAACUUCAUAUCGGCGAGAGAAAUGUUCCAUAAAUUGGGGCCUAUCCACUAUUUCUUUGUUCAAUGCUUGCUGUCAUGUCUUCUUGGAAGCCAUAAAGAUCAACAUGGGACUUUUAUUGUACUUGUGCUACUAGCAAAUAUACUCUUUGAAACUGGUUCUGCUGCUCCAACUGAUGUUAGGCAGCUCAAAAGAUGAAAGCAAAUGUAUCUCUGGGGAAACAG